AUGCGAAAUCAAAGCUCAUGCUGUAGUAGUGGUGGCUAUAGAGGCUUGGGUGAAGCACCCACAUGCAAUUGUGGAGUGGCAACUGUGCUGAGAACAGCUAGAACAAUCAAGAAUGGUGGGAGACAGUUUUGGGGAUGCCCUAAUUUCAAGGGUGGAAGUGAAGGUUGUUAUGGGUGCAAUUUCUUUAAAUGGUGCAUUAAAGAUGGUGAUGACAAAAAAGAUGCAAUUAUUCUGAGGCAAAGGCGAAAGAUUUAUAUUCUAGAGAAAGAAGUUAAGGGAUGGAGAAAGUGGGUGAACUUGUUAAUUGGAUUGAUUGAUAUUGUAGUGAAAGAUUAG